AGUGAAAUGGAUACUGGAGCAGAGCUCCUCAGUCCUGGCCUAUCUUAAUUCUUCUAGUUCUAAUUCUCACCUUUUUCAAUAUUCUGAACUGGAGGAAUGGUAUGAAAAUAGAGAAAGGCCAGAAAUAUCUUUAAAGUUGUUAGUAAAUGAGCUUAUCAAAGAGGGUAAAAUUAAUAUGAGGACAGUAAUGAGUGGUGAUCAGUCUUGUGAUUUGUAUUGGCUUUGUCAUCUACAAGAAAAGAAGGUGAAACAAGCUGAGGACAUAGAAGGAUCUUCAACUAAGAGUAAUAGAUUGCAACAGAAAAGACGAAGUCAUUCGAAAUUUAUUCCUCCUCGAUCAGCUAAAAUACUUAAGACAACAGACACAAGCACUUAUGCUUCUGUUGCAUCUACAAGUACUGGUGAUCAUUCUAAAGAGACUUUGAUAGAGCUAAGUAAAGAAAAGAAACAGUUGAUGGGUAAGCUCCACGAGAAAGAGAAUAAAUUGCAGAAGCUUCGUUUGGUCAAGUUAUAUAGGACAAAGAAUGAUUUGACUCAGUUGGAGGGGUUGAUUUCAAAAUGGCGGUCAGUCAGUCAGGAAGCUGCACAAACUUUACUUGAACACUCUCCUACUAGCAGACCAACCCCAUCAAUGACUGAACUAUUAGGCUAUCUAUCGAUUGGCCCAGAUAUAAUACAUUAUGAUACUGAAGAUGAAUCAUUUUAUUAAUGCUAAAAUAGCCAAAUGAUCCAUAUCUCACAAA